CAUUUUUGUAAACACGAUACAUGCUAAAGAAAAAGUCCCUUAUUGUCUCUUAAGCUGUAGAAGAAGUGCACCAGUGGAUCUUGAUCUUUGAUAAUCUUCAUUUGAUCCUUUAUUUACGGUAGUGAACUCAUACUGGCACUUACCAUACAAAUUCAUUCAGCUAUGUCACAAAUAUCUAUAACUCCUCUGACUCCACCUAGAUCAAGCACUAAAUCAACCAGAUCAAAUCCAUUGUUAUCUACUCCAUCUUCAUCCACUACUCCUAUACAGCAACGUAAUGGAUUGGUAACUCCUUCAACUGUUAGUAAGAAUAAGAAUAGUUUUCAAAUUACCCAUGGAUUAACUAAGAACAAUAAUAAUGGAAGGUCAAUGCCUACAAAUACUACACCAAUUGCUUUUAAGACUCCUAGUUCAAUACAGAAGAAAAAAUCAUCAGCUCAUCUAACUAUUCCCAAAUCAUCAACUAAAUUAUUACCUUCUACGCCGGAUUAUGCUUUCACUCCUAGAAAGUCUCCAAUAUCUCGUAAAAGAAAAGUUAUUGGCGGUGGUAAUGGGAUAAGUAACGAUAUCAUUAAUGACACGACUUUUACAAUGCCAUCUACAACUACAGGAAAAAUCUCAUUUGGAUUACUAUUACCUGCUCCAUCAAAAAUUGGAUCUGGAAGACAACAAUCAAGAUUAACAUCUAAUAAAGAUAAAAUCUUUCUUUCAUCAUCUCAUCUCUUUAAUGAUAAUCAUUCUGAAUUUAAUGAUAUUUUCCAUGAACAAGAACUGGAAGAAGAAAUGAUUCCUCAAACUCCAAGUAAACAAUUAAUAAACGAUAAUUUAGUUAAUCAUUGGCAUGGAAAAUCUUAUAAUAAUUACUACUCAUCCGAUGAAGAUGAAUUACCUACACGUACCGAAGUGGUUAACCCAUUUAUUAAUAAUGGAUCUUCAUCUACCAUCAAUAAAUCCAGAUCUAUAGAAUCAAAUCCAUUCACAAAUAAUAGUUCUCAAUCUAUUAAUUAUGAUACACAUAUGGAAUUAAUUAAUAAUAAGACAGGUCACAGAAGAGUAGUUAAGUUGACAUCCAACCAAUCGAAAAUUAAACCUAAGAAGUUGGAUUUCUCAGGAUUAUAAUACUAAUCCAUCACAAAUCUCUCCCUUACAGGUUAAGGUAUCCAUUUUUUAUUUCUUAAUUCAAUUUAUACAUAUAUAGUUAUUUAGUAUUUAGUUUAGUAGACAGCCCUAUAGCUUAUAUGCCGG